AUGUCUGCGCAGCCGAACCAGUUACACUUUGUCCGUAGCCACCGCUUCUCCUUCAUGUCGCCUUCCGGCGCGCGCUACCGGCACCGCCCCUCAGCACCGCUGCCGGUGCCGUCGGAGGCGCGCGUGGACCUAGCGACGGAGAUCAACCGCGCGACGGAGCUGCCGUCCGCGCGCGCCUCCGUUUCGCGUCUGCGCGCGCUGGACGCGCUCGCGCGCGGCGAGGAGUGCUCGUUCGCGGCGCUCGCGCACGGGAUCAUCCCGGACGUUGCGCAACGCUUCGUCGACAGGUACGGGGAGCGCGUCUACGGCGGGAGGUUUGUUGGGGAGGACGGGAAGAGGUUUGUGACUUCAUGUCAGGACCCGUCGAUCAGAGUGUAUGAGACGAACGGUUGCGAGAAGAGGGCCGCGUGGAAACUGACCCACGAGAUCAAGGGCCUGGGCGUGCACUGGACCAUCACGGACUUUGACAUCAGCCCGGACGGUCGGUGGCUGGCGUACGUGAGCUUGAACCGGCUCGUGCAUGUCGUCGACUUGGAGAACGUGCGCGAGGCGCAGACAGUGUUUGAUUUGAGCGUUGGGGCAGGGUUCUCUGUUAACAUUUGGAGCAUCAAGUGGAGCCAUGACGGGAGUGAGAUUGUGGCGGGGACGGGCGGGAACGGGAGGAGCUGCUAUGGAAAUGUUAUUAUUUUUGAUGUGCAACUCGGGAAGAUUGUGCAGGUGCUGUCGGCGCACACGGACGACGUGAAUUCGGUGUGUUUUAUGCGGACAGGCGAGCGCAACCUCAUUCUGUCGGCGUCGGACGACGCUCUAGGUAAGGCCCAAUUGCCAACUUUGCGUUUGCGUUUACCCGAAGCGCGUAAGGUGGACCCGACGAUGCUAACCUGUCGGAAUGCGCGUGCGUAUGACAGUGAAACUCUGGGACCGUCGCGACACGUCAACGCGCGACCAAAGCUCGCAUCACCGCGCGGCGGGGGUGUUUGUGGGGCACCAGUGCGGGCUAACGUUCGUCUCGACCAAGGACGACGGGCGUUUCCUUCUCAGCAACGGGAAGGACCAGUACAUCAAGCUGUGGGACGCGCGCAAGUGCACGUCAAGCUCCGAGCUGGGGCAGGUGUCGUGGCCGCCGCGCGACCUGUCGUUCGACUACCGGCGGCAGUGCCCGCGGCUGGAAACGGGGCGGCGCGGCUUCCACGACGACGCGGUGAUGUCGUACGCGGGCGCGCACGAGACGCUGCAGACGCUGAUCCGGGCGUACUUUAG